UGUUGUUAUCGCCCCUGCAUUCUGACGUGGCUAAUGGAGGGCUACCAUUUUCUUGCUAUCAACGAAGCAUAGUGAUAAUAUAUCCAGCUCCAUCGGCGUUAAAUAUCUAUAAUUUUUGUUCAGACAUUUUAUAUUUAAAGAUGAAAGUCUUAGCUUUAUGUAUCAUAGUUCUGUUUUCGGCAGAAGUGGCACGAACGGACGAACACAAUCAUAUUUAUGAAAAGGCUGAAGAGGUGGUGCUGUGGAUGAACACUGUGGGACCUUACCACAACAGGCAGGAGACCUACUCUUAUUUUUCACUGCCAUUUUGCCCUGGACCCAAGGAGAGCAUUAGUCAUUACCACGAGACUUUGGGAGAAGCAAUACAGGGUACAGAACUGGAAUUCAGUGGCUUGGAUAUUGACUACAGCAGUGAUGUAAAGCAAACCAAGUAUUGUUCGGUGAAGUUAGAUGAAGAGAAAUACAAAAACUUUGUAUACGCAGUGAAAAAUCAUUACUGGUACCAGAUGUACAUUGAUGAUUUACCUAUUUGGGGUAUUGUUGGAGAGAUCAGUGAAGAUGGCAACGACUUCUUUAUCUGGACACAUAAAAAGUUUGACAUUGGUUUUAAUGGUAAACAGAUUGUAGAUGUUAACUUGACCAGUGACAAUAAAGUGAAGCUGGAAAUUGGAGCAGAAAUUGGUUUCUCUUACGAGGUGAAAUGGCAUCCAUCCAAAGUGAAGUUUGAAGACAGAUUUGACAAAUAUCUUGACCCAAAUUUCUUCCAACACAGGAUCCAUUGGUUCAGUAUUUUCAAUUCAUUUAUGAUGGUUAUAUUCCUGGUUGGUUUGGUCUCGAUGAUUUUGAUGAGGACAUUGAGGAAAGAUUAUGCCAGAUAUAGCAAGGAAGAUGACAUGGAUGAUAUGGAGAAAGAUCUAGGUGAUGAGUAUGGCUGGAAACAAGUUCAUGGAGAUGUGUUCAGGCCUGCAACUCAACCUAUGUUGUUCUCUGCUCUGAUUGGAACCGGGUACCAUAUAACAUUUGUCUCCCUUUGUGUGAUAUUGUUUGCUAUUAUGGGAGAACUUUACACAGAACGUGGGUCAUUAUUAAGUACAGCUAUAUUUGUAUAUGCUGCAACAUCACCUGUAAAUGGUUAUUUCGGUGGAAGUCUGUAUGCUAGAAUGGGAGGUAAAGUUUGGAUUAAACAAAUGUUAAUGAGUGCCUUUUUAUUGCCAUCAUUGGUUUGUGGUACAGCAUUCUUUAUCAACUUUAUAGCCAUCUACUAUCAUGCUUCCAGAGCUAUACCUUUUGGAACUAUGGUAGCAGUAACGUGUAUAUGUAUAUUUGUGAUAUUGCCGUUGAAUCUUGUUGGUACGGUGCUGGGGCGUAACUUGUCCGGUCAACCAGAUUAUCCAUGUAGAAUAAAUGCUGUCCCACGUCCUAUACCGGAGAAAAAAUGGUUUAUGGAACCAAGUGUUAUCAUUGUGCUAGGCGGUGUUUUACCCUUUGGCUCUAUCUUCAUUGAAAUGUAUUUCAUCUUCACAUCAUUCUGGGCAUACAAGAUCUACUAUGUGUAUGGUUUUAUGCUCCUUGUAUUCCUUAUCUUAGCCGUUGUUACAGUAUGUGUCACAAUUGUCUGUACAUACUUUCUGCUCAAUGCAGAAGACUAUCGCUGGCAGUGGACGAGUUUCUUGUCGGCAGCAUCCACAGCUGGUUAUGUGUAUCUCUACUCAUUUUACUACUUCUUCUUUAAAACUAAAAUGUAUGGCUUGUUCCAGACGAUGUUUUACUUUGGAUACAUGGCCUUAUUCAGUUUAGCCUUGGGUAUCAUGUGUGGAACUCUUGGCUACCAGGGUACAAGUGCAUUUGUGAGGAAGAUCUAUUCUACAGUGAAAAUAGAUUAAUUCAAUGUGCAUAUCUUAUUGUGAUAAAAGACAACUGUUACAAGACUUAAAACAUGCCGUAAAGGGUGAUAGGUAGAUUAAAAAACAAACUGUGGGAGAAAGACCUAGCAUACCCAGACAUUGUAAAACAAUGACAACAAAUGGACGCUAGGCUGGUGUUUAUUACUUAAAAAAAACUGCACAUGUUAGCAGUUCUUCAUUUUAUCAAUUCAUGUAUCUCAGUAGCAUCACCUUCGUUUAAUUAUGGUUCCCAGUUGUUUUGUUUUUGUUUUGUUUUUUAGUUUCGACCAGUCAUAGAUUUGUUCUGUUAAUGUUAAGUAGUUGGUGAAUAGCUAAGGGAACCAGUUAAAGGAUUUAUAUCAUAGUUUUGCUUGUGUAAGAGUAAUAAAUAUGAAAAGCUUGUAGUAGUUUUGUGGACACACAUUGAAAAAAAAAAAGUAUUAAGAAAAUUUUAUCAUUUUGAACUAAAUUGAUUUGUUCCGAAAAGGUAGGAUAAUCUCUGUCUCUUGUCUUUUAACAUUAUAAGGUGAUAUUUAAAAAAAAAUAUUUCAAGUAAGUUGUGCAAGAAAAUAAUUAUUGCUCAUUAUUUUUAAAGACAUGGGAAAUCAGAUAGCAUUUAGUGUACACCAGUGUUAUCUUAUACACAGAAUUACUUAUUGCAGUUAGAAUUUUAUCUAUUUUCAUUAAGCUUUGGUUGCACUGAAUUAAGUAUUAGGAAUAGCUACGUAAUUACAAUAACUAUGGGUCUAUAGAUUCCAUAGUUAAUCACACCAAAAUAGUUUUCAUGUUUAUGAUAAAUACCUUGUGUAUUUGGCUUUAUUAUGGGACAAGAUUUCACUUAAUAAAACAUUAUUUGUAAUUAAAUCUGGUGGCACAUUCUGUAUAAUUAAUUUAAAAUUGAAGAGCAUUUUGCUCUGGGAAUAUUCAUAUCUGUCAUAUCCACUCAGUGUAUUGCUUUUAACAACAUUGAAUUAUUAAUUGUAUAUAUCUAUUGUCACCUGAAUAUACAGAGUGAUGUCACGUUGAAGGUCCUGAUGGGGAAUUUGAGCAAUGCAAUCGAGCCUAUACAAUUAUAUAUGAUAUGUAGAAGAGAGGGGAUUGAAUCACUGUUAAAAUCUUGUGAGAAUUGCAGUAUUUUACUUGUUUGAAAUCCUGCAACUGUGUAUAUUAGUUUGAUAAUAUACUUAAGUAAAUCUAUCACCAAUCUUUAUUAUUGAACUCUUUCUGUAAGAAUGACAGAUUCACAUGGUUUAGUACACUGUGUUCUACAGUAUUUUAUGAAUGUUUGACAGUAUAUGUAACUGAUAGUAUUCUGAGCGUGUUUGGAGUGUUUACAUAUUCUAAAUGUGUAUGAAAUGCAAAUGAUUGUGAACAUGUAUUUAUGUAAAUUUGCUGUUGAAGUUAUUUAUUAAGAAUUUUAUUUCUGUAUUAGUGUACAUAUGUAUAUAUUGUAUAUAACGAGGAUCUGUAAAAAAUCAGUACACAGUGUUGACGACUGAAUGCAAAGGAGAAUAAAACAGUUUUUAAAAAAAGGCUUAUUUCAGAUAAAUAGAAGAGAUUUACUUGUUUUAAAGAAAAAAAUGUCAUCUACGUAGGAAAGAUAAGAGGAAAAUGCAUGUAUGGGAACAUUAUUGUUGAAAGUUUUUGUGGACAUGUUCAAGAUUUAUGAAUAUAUAUAGAUUUAUCAUCUUGUCGAAAUUGGUGUUUAAUAUUUUUUUCAAAAUUAUCUGCCUGUAUUCAAAAAGCAUUUUUUGUCAUCACAAAAUUGGUGCACUCAUUAAAGAGCCAUCUGCGGCCAACUUGUCUGUGUCACAUGUUUAUGUUUUGUUUUGUUCAUAACAUUCAAGUUUGUGUAGCAAAUAUUCAGAAUUAGCUAAUUUAGACAAAACUUGAGUAUGUUUAUCAAUGAGGGCGUAAGAAUGAGCUUGUGAAAUGUAUUUGAUAAUUAAGUCAUCGUCUUUUUGUUUAGGUCUAAAAUACUUUGAUAUACAGUUGGCAGCUAAUGACCAAACAUGUAGUAAACACUUAAUUUUCAUAGAAUUUUGAAUAAUAAUAUCAGAAGCUUGAUAUAUAUUUUGACAAGUUUUUUUAAUGGUGUGUCCAUAAAGAUAAGCUGAAACUUUUAAGUAUUUGCAAAACAAAACUGUGGUUUCUAAUUCCUAAAUUUAUACUACUAAAAAAACAACAACUACUGUUCAGUAUCGAAAGGUUAAUUUUUAAUAUGAAUGAUUGUGCAAUUUUCCCAUGAGAAACUGUCCUUCAUUGUAUUCACUUAUCAAUCAAGUUAGAAUAAUACAUCAUAUGUAUAGUAGUUUAAGACAUUCCAGUCAUCUUUGUGUUAUACACGUUUCAUUAUCGAAUUGGGUGCAUAUUUGUUCGUAGAAGUUUUCGAAUUAGAUAAUAGAAAUUAUAUUAUAAACAAAUUACUCUCUUUCCUCCCGUAAUGUUGUAUAUAGGUACCUGAAUCAUAGAGCCCUUUUGAUUGUAAAUGAUUUUCAUUUUAAUAUAUAUAUAAAUGUUUCGCUCACUACGGUGGCGAAAUUUGGGGUCCUGCUUUAUUGGAUUAGACUUUAGCUUAUGUGAUGAUGUUUUAAAUGAUAACACAUAAACAUAAAGGCAUCAUUUGCAAAUUAUGACAUUUGAUGUACAUUGUAAUUCUCUCAUAUUUGAAGAGGAGAUCUUAUUAUUAUGAAAGUAAUAAAAAUAUAAAACACCA